GACUGUGAACGCCAUUUUCCAUGAAGUGGAUCGCUAAAAUAAGUCUGUGCAGCAAACGAAUUCCUCACGGCUCAGGCGUCAACUGCUCUUUCUGAACACGACAAACCUAUGAUAAACGUUGCAGAGUGAAAAUGGCAACAGCAACAGCGGUGAGUUCAGGUCAAUACAUGAUCAGCAGGCAUCAUCUCGAAUGCCCCAUUUGUAGUGAGAGAUUCCAACGACCCAAGAUACUGGACUGUCUGCAUAGUUUCUGUGAGCAAUGUCUGCUGACAUACUGCAGCACGAAGCACCAGGGCUGCACAGAGAUUCCUUGCCCCGUGUGUCGACAAGAGACACAACUUUCGGAGGCGGGGAUUAAAGGCCUGAAAAACAACUUUUAUCUGAUCGGUCUUGUUGAGGAAAUUGAACUGCAGGACAAGUUGGUGAGUUCGAGUGACACGAAGCUGUUAUGUGCUGUUUGUGAAUCGGUCAACGAGGUGACGUAUCACUGCAUGGACUGUGAACAGAAUAUCUGCUUACUUUGCAGCAAGCUCCAUCUGCGAUUUGCUGCCACAGCAAGCCACACAGUAGCUACUUUAACAGACAUCCGUGGUGGUAAAAUCACACCACAAAAGAAGUCCAUCAAACGGCAUCCGGGAUGUCUGACCCACGAUGGUGAACCCACACGGUUCUUCUGUUCAACGUGUAAAACGUUAAUUUGCCGUGAUUGCACGGUACUAGACCAUCGCCAACCGGAACACGUGUAUAUUGAUAGAAACCAAGCCGCAUCAACAUACAAACAGUCAUUGACCGACUCGUGUUCUCUUCUCGAAGAGCCCCUGAAGCAACUCCAGGAAUCUUUGGAGGUAGUUUCAAAAAUGAAACAAGACCUCAAUAUCACAGCAGAGAAAGUCAUAUCAGAAGUGCAGGACAGGGCAGCUAAGAUAAGAGCAGAGGUCACGGCUCAAGAAAAUCGCAUCAUUGAUGACAUCACAAACAUCCAAAGCGAUCGUCUGCAGAAGCUGGCCGAAUAUGAGAAAACAAUGAGUUUGGCAUCGGAGAGAAUACAGCAUUCAUUGGAGACAGCAAGAGAGGUGACAAGGACGGCAGCGGAUAGUGAGUUCCUCUCACUC